AUGCCGAAUUUAGGCAGCCCGUGUGCAUCAAGAGGAAGUGACGGCAAGUGGUAUCGUUCUGUGCUGCAGCAGGUCAUGUCUGCCAACAAUGUGGUUGAAAUUUUGCAGGUGGAUUAUGGGAAGAAACAGUUUGUUCAAGUUGAGAACAUAAGUCCACUUGACCCAGAAUUCUUCAGGAUGCCUGUCGUAACGUAUGUGUGCUCCCUUCAUGGAAUAGCCGACAGAGGUAUGGGUUGGACAGUUUCACAGAUUGAUUAUCUGAAAUCUCUCCUGCUCAACCGCACAAUGAUCGCCAAGUUUCAGUAUCAGAGCCUUUCUGAAGGUGUCCACUAUGUCACGCUUUACGGAGAGGAGAACACAAACAUCAACAAACUGUUUGAACUGAAACAGAACUGUUCACUGGAUUCUGAUAUGACCCUUACAGACUUUGCUGUUCAAAAGAGCCCAUCGUCUCAAAAGAGCAAGAUUUUGGAGACAACUGUGGCUGCACACAUUGAUGAAACCUACUCUGACCUUAAAGGGAACAAACCGGUCUUUUUCACACAAAGUCUCACACCUAACACAUCGCAUGGGGCUGUUGUACAGCAUGUGGAGAGCCCUGGAAAGUUUUGGAUUCAAACUCAGCGAUACGCCGAUAAAUUCAAUCAGCUAAUGAAUGGCCUCGGAAAUCUGUACAGUGAGCCAACAAGCACUGACGGAUUGAUAAGAAAGCCUGUUGUUGGUCUCCUCUGUGCAGCUAAAGCCCAAGAUGGUGUGUUCUAUAGAGCAGCUAUCUAUAAGGUAGUUGACAAGAAAGCAGAAGUUUACUUCCUCGACUAUGGCAACACAGAACUUGUUGAUUGUUUCGAUCUCCGACAGUUGCCUCUGAGAUUUCAGCAGCUGCCUGCUGUGGCAGUAAAGUGCUCCCUCUAUGGCAUUACAUCCAGACUGAAACAUUGGGAUGAGAGGGCUACAUUGUUCUUUUCGAAACUCAUCGAGGACAGAGUACUUGAUUUGCAUGUAAAAGAAAAGCAUCAUGACACUCACAUGGUUCAGUUAGUGGAUUCGAGUUUAGAUGGAGAAAAUGAUGUGAGCAAGUUGUUGUGCAAUGCAGAUUUUGCAGACAGUGAAAAGAGCUUUGUGGAUAAUUCUGCCACAAGACCCUGUGGUUUAAAAACCACACACACCUCUGGUGUAUUCUUGGCAGGAGCUCGGCCUCAAAUGCCUUCCAGUUCUUCUGCCAUAAUGGACAGUGCAUCUGCUUUCAAGGAAUACUUGUUUCCCAUUGGAAGCUCACUGGAGGUAACCGUAUCCUACAUUGAGAGUCCAAAUGACUUCUGGUGUCAAAAAGCCAGAAAUGCAGCAUGUUUAGAAGUGCUAAUGCAAGACAUUCAGCGUUUCUAUGCUCAUAGUGAAUUUCAGCCACCUUUGGAAGCUGCUUGUGUUGCCCGUCAUCCUGAAACUGGGAUAUGGUACAGAGCCUUGGUCAUUCAAAAGCACCAAACAUCUCAUGUUGAUGUCUUGUUCAUUGACUACGGACAGACAAAGAAGGUUGCUGUUGAAGAUCUUCGAAAGAUCACUCCAGCAUUCUUGAAGAUGAAAGGACAAGCCUUUCGAUGCAGUUUGUAUAACCUGAUCCACCCAGUAUCUCACUCAGCUUUAGACUGGAGCCCUGAAGCCACAGUGCAGUUUCAAGAGUUUGUUGACACAGCAGGGUGCAUGAAUGUGCCCCUAAAAUGCACCAUAUUUGCUGUAAUGUAUGACUCCCAGAAAGUUGUGUUCAAUGUGGUGGACUUGGAGACCCCAUUCCAAAGCAUUUGCAAUCUCCUUGUCCAAAGACGUCUAGCUGAUCGUGCACCCUCUAAGAAAGCUCCUCUUCCACCCUUUCGCCUGGACACCUACUAUUACUCCACACAUGGAGUCAAGACUGGAUGUGAAGAGGAAGUGAGUAUCACCUGUGUGAAAAGUGUCACUCAGUUCUUUUGCCAUCUUGCCAGUAAUUCAGAGGAGAUUGAGAAACUUUCAAACAAGGUAAACUCCCUAUGCCGUCAGCUAGAGGCAACCAAGUGUCCUCAGACUUUUGGAACAGUUUGCUUUGCAAAAUACACGGAUGGACUUUGGUACAGAGGCCAAAUAAAGUCUACAAAACCGUCAGUUGUGGUCAAUUUUGUGGAUUAUGGUGACACAUUGGAAGUUGACAAGUCAGACUUGCUUCCAGUUCCAAUUGAAGCAGGAGAGAUUAUGUCCGUCCCAGUGCAGGCAAUUGAAUGUGGGCUCUCAGAUAUGCCUGAAGAUGUGCCAUGUGAAGUGGGAAAUUGGUUUCAGAAUUUUGCGGACAGUCAUUGUUUCACUGCUUUGAUCGUGGCAAAAGACCCAGGAGGAAAGCUUUUGGUGGAACUUUAUGAGGGAAAAACUCAAGUGAAUGCACUGAUCAGACAGAAGUUUCGCAAUGAAAUCCAUAGAAAUGAAACGAGCACAUUCAAAGGAUGUAGUUCAACGAACGGAAGUGCACAAAGUGGGGCAACCCAUAUGAAGGAAAGCUCCAGUGGUCUAAAGCGAGAUUUCAUGGAUCAAGUUCCACAGUCCCAUGAAAGUUAUGCAGCACAAGGUAAUGUCGAAUCAAAACAGCCACGGAGCAAGUGGGGAUUCCAUACAAAUGGUGGACUAGAACCAACAAGAGAUUUUGGGACAUUGCAUAAUUCCCAGAAACGGCUUGAACCACAAAGAAAGUCCAGUGAUAGAGCUGAUGUGCGUCACCCUUGUACAUCUGACAAAACCGAUGGUGUUCAGCUCAAGUCCCAGGCUCUUCUUAACGAAUCGGCACUCCCAGUGAAAGUAAUAAAACCAGGUCUACAAGCUGAGGUAUUCAUCUCUCAUUGCAAUAGCCCUUGUAGCUUCUUUGUUCAGUUUGCAACUGAUGAGGAUGACAUUUAUUUGCUUGUGGAGAAAUUGAAUGCUGACCAGUCAAGGUGCGCCAACAUUGGUCCCAGUGAUAUUCGUGAGGGAGACAUGGUUUGUGCAAUGUUUCCUGAAGAUAACUCCUGGUACCGUGCAGCAGUAAGAAAAAACCUUGAUGACACAAUCAACGUCGAAUUUGUUGACUUUGGAAACACGGCUACAAUUUCUGCUUCAAAAAUAUGUCGUCUUGAUCAAUCGUUUGCUUCGUUUCCUAGGUACAGCAUCCACUGCUCUGUACAUAAACUGAAUGUUGAGAGUGGAGACCAAGAACUUGCACCCAACUUCAAACGGGUAAUUGAACAAAACAUUGAAAAGGUCAUGUGCACGUUUGUGAAAAUGUCAGGCACCAUUUGGAAAGUGAAACUUGAUGUUAAUGGUGUAGUGUUGGGAUCCACCUGCAGGGAUGAUGCUACACCAGCAGCUGAGCUUACGAGCCCAGGUGUCAAGCAGACAUCUGAAAUCAUGGUCUGUACCCAUUACAAGAACCCUGACGUAUCAGCUGGUCAAAUGAUCACUGGAUACACCUCAUUCAUUAAGGGUCCUCAGCUCUUCUGGUGCCAGUAUGCGGCAACAGACAAACUUCAAGGGAUUUCAGACGUGCUACAGAAUGCUGGUAAUGCCUCAGAAGAAACUUUGAGUGAGGAAUCUCUGCCAGUUGGAAGUGCUUGCAUUGCUCUUUUCACUGAAGAUAAUUUGUGGUAUCGAGCUAAAGUUACAUCUAGGGACCUUGACACACUUUCCAUUACAUUUGUAGACUAUGGAAAUGAAGCUAAAGUUAAUAUCGUUGAUGUUAAAGCACUUCCACCUGAGCUAUCAGACGUUCCCCCUCAGGCAUUCGACUGUCAGCUUGAAGGUUUUGAUCUUUCCAAGGGUUUCUGGGCUGAAGAGGCAGAUGAUGUGUUCUUUGAGCUAGUUAAUGACAAGCUUUUAAAUAUCACUGUUGAGAAAAUGGGGAGCUCUGAAAUGCCACACUUCAUCAAGAUGGAUUGUAACGGUGUUGUCAUCAAUGAUACCAUGAGAAGCUAUUGGAAAAGUCAAAGUCCUGAAACUCCAUCUGUUGAACACUUGAGUGGAGCAAAUGUUGUGCCCACCGAUGCCUCUGUGGCUGCUGAAGUUUAUAUUGACUCAGUAGUUAUCCAUGAUUCAGACGCUGACAAUGAAACCUGCACCUCACUUCUCGAAAUACAGCAUUCUGAACAAGAGCAGCUUGAUUUACUGACAAGUACAAAAGUCGGAAAUGAAGGUCAGGAUGAGCCACUCGAGAUGAUUACUGAAGAUGUUGCCUCGCCUGAAGCAGUGAGUAUAGUUCCCUCUGAUUCACAAGAGGACCUUGAAACCAUAUGUGUCAUGGAAGGUGCUUCAGCUUUCACAAGUCCAUCAGACACAACAAACCAGCAUGCUUUUGCUAAAGAGACAGACACAACUCCUUUUCCUGUAGUUUUGCCACAGCACUCCAAGGGAGCUACAGCUAGUAUUUCCUCAGAGAAUAUAGAUAGCUUCUUGAUGAAUAACACUGAUUCUCAGUUAUGCAUUGUUGAGGGACCAGAGUCACCAUCAUUUGAGAUCAUUCAAUCAGACUUGGGCUAUUUAAUGCGAGCUACAGAGAAAAAGCCUGCUGGGUCAGAAUGUGUGAUAUGGUCUCACGUAAGAAGAAAUUGGUGCAGAGCACAAAUUUUAAAAAGUUCUGAAGAUGCUGCAUUGGUGUUGCUUGUGGAACAUGAUUCUGAGGUGGUAGUAGAUCCUCUCAACGUCUUUGAAAUUCUGCCAGACAAGCUAUUGCAGACUUCAGGCAUUGAAGCUGUAAUUCCAAGUGAUGAAGUAACCAAGGAGAGAAACACUGCAUUGAAGAAUAGUCCUUCAAAGGUGGAAGAAACAGAAUAUGAAAAUGUUGUCACCACAGAGUCAGAAGAACCAAAUGGUGAAGAGAAACAAAUUGACCAAAUGGAUCCAGGUGAUGAACAUGCAGACCAGCCUCAAGUCUCAGGUUUUGUGUCCUGCUCCGCUGUUGAAGACUCUGAGGUUGUAGAUACUCUGGGGGAAGGUGCACAAGUGCACGAUCUUGUUCAAGUACUGAGUCCUGAACAGGUAGAAAGCAAGGAUCCACAAGAGGAUUUAAAUACUUCAUCUGGAGAGCAAAGAGAAGAUCCUGCCAACAUGAGCACUGGAGUGUAUUUGCUGAUGGAUUUCCUUGAUGUGACUCCCCAUGAUAAGGGGGUGUGUGAGACUGAGCUCGAAACGGAUGACUUGCUUGAGGAGUUUAAUAAUGUUACUGAAGAUCUUAUUGUCCUUACCAGUGAUGGAACAGAGUCUGACACUGCAUCUGAUGGCACGCUUCAGGGAGAUCCAAUUACUCCAGAAAUCCAUGCUGAUGCUGAAGAAUCUUCAUGUUUACAAGAAAAGUCAGAUGCAUCUGAUUGCACCAGCGCCGAGGAUUCACGUGUUACUCAUCUGACCCUGAGGGUUGAGGAUGCGUCUGACGAUGACAUCAUUUUUGUUGGUGUUUUGCAAGAAUCCCAGGCAGAAGUAUAUGAGCCGGAGAGUGAAAAUGAAAAACAGAAGAUUGACUAAUGUAAACCACUCAGUAGAUGGUUGAUGUAUCCUAAGAGGCAAGUUACUUAUGUAAUGUGUUU